AGGCGCGGAGGCGGCCAUGGCGGGCAACUUCGACUCGGAGGAGCGGAGUAGCUGGUACUGGGGGCGGUUGAGCCGGCAGGAUGCGGUGGCGCUGUUGCAGGGCCAGCGGCACGGGGUGUUUCUGGUGCGGGACUCGAGCACCAGCCCCGGGGACUAUGUGCUCAGCGUGUCCGAGAACUCGCGCGUCUCUCACUACAUUAUCAACAGCAGCGGCCCGCGCCCGCCGGUGCCACCGUCGCCCGCUCAGCCUCCGCCGGGGGUGAGUCCCUCCAGACUCCGAAUAGGAGAUCAAGAAUUUGAUUCAUUGCCUGCUUUACUGGAAUUCUACAAAAUACACUAUUUGGACACUACAACAUUGAUAGAACCGGUUUCCAGAUCUAGGCAGGGUGGAGUGAUUCUCAGGCAGGAGGAGACAGAAUAUGUCCGAGCCCUCUUUGACUUUAAUGGGAAUGAUGAAGAAGAUCUUCCCUUUAAGAAAGGAGACAUCCUGAAAAUCCGGGAUAAGCCUGAAGAGCAGUGGUGGAAUGCAGAGGACAGCGAAGGAAAGAGGGGGAUGAUUCCAGUCCCUUACGUGGAGAAGUAUAGACCUGCCCCCGCCUCAGUAUCGGCUCUGAUUGGAGGUAACCAGGAGGGUUCCCACCCACAGCCACUGGGUGGGCCGGAGCCUGGGCCCUAUGCCCAACCCAGCGUCAACACUCCGCUCCCUAACCUCCAGAAUGGGCCCAUUUAUGCCAGGGUUAUCCAGAAGCGAGUCCCUAAUGCCUACGACAAGACAGCCUUGGCUUUGGAGGUCGGUGAGCUGGUAAAGGUUACGAAGAUUAAUGUGAGUGGUCAGUGGGAAGGGGAGUGUAAUGGCAAACGAGGUCACUUCCCAUUCACACAUGUCCGUCUACUGGAUCAACAGAAUCCUGAUGAGGACUUCAGCUGAGUAUAGCUCAACGGUUUUGCUGACAGAUGGGAACAAUCUUUUUUUUUCCCUUCCCAAUUGCCAUCUAUACAAUUUUCUUACAGGUGUCAAAAGCAGUCUAGUUUAUAUAAGCAUUCUGUUACCUGUAAUACUUUUUUAGAGUGAACUACUCCAUUUCUAGUCUUAUAUACCUUAUUCAGGGUACGAAACUGGAGGGCUUUGUGGUUGACUUCUGAUUUGGCAGUUUGAGGUUGUGGUGGCCAUGCCGCAUAGAAGGAUGCAUGUCUGGCCGCCUUUCUCUCGGGCAGUGCCCAUCAACCUGUGGAGAACUGAUGAACAGCAAGAGCUUUAGGCACUGCUUACCCUGACUGAGUGGCUCUGUUUUCAUUCUCAAACCACACUAUCAAAUGCAGUAGACUGCGCCCUUCCUCCCCAUGAAGUAACCAUGCACCAGGUGAACAGUCCCCAUUGGGAUCCUGUUUUCAUUUAUGGAACAUGACCAUUGUGUGACUCAUUCUGACAUUUCAAAUCCUGAGCGUUCUGAGAACACUACUAGAGGCAUUUGUCUUCCUUCUCAGUCAGUGCUUCACACUUUCUCUUGUAUUCUUUCAAUCCUUGUCAUUCUCUUCCCCCAGGCCCUAAUUAUUAGAAGAGUGUAUAUUUUCAUUCCAAACGAGAAGCAGGAUGUGCAGAGCACUUUAUUCAGUGCAUAGCUUUAAGCAAGUAUUGGAUUCACUCAGUGGACAGUCAAACUCCAAGCUCCCUACUUUGCCCCGAGGGGACAGUAGUUGCACACAGCUACAGCAGCUAAAGACACUCCUGGCUGAUAGUGGGGUUCCAGCAGGGCUGUCUCUCCCGAGUGCUAACGGGACACUUGGAAUUCUCAGAUUCUAGAUGGAGUGGAAGGACCAAUCACUUACCAUAUUCCAUGGAAGGUUUUAGGGCCAAAUACUGCCCUCUGCAUCAUGUGCAACUUGUAAAAAAAAAAAAAAAAAAGGCAGUUUAGAAUUUGACUUUGAGAUAGAGAGGGUUAAUACUUUGAAAAAUGUGUGAACCGGUCAUAAAUUACUUAUGUAUUACUCAUUUUACAUGACCAGAAUAGUGCUUGAAUUACAUUACAUUACAAAUACCUUUCAUUUUUUUAUGUCCAGGUUAGUUUACAAAUAUAGAAUGGUUUAUAUGGGGUCAGGUGCUCCAAAGAAUAGACCUAUGAGACCAAAAAUGAUCUGGCUCUUGUUAAGACUAUAACAUGGAACUUUCAAAGUUAGUUCCCAGUCAGUAAAAGCACUUAGUGGUCUCUGGUGUGGUGUGACCAAUAGAAACACCUUCUACUUUCCCUUGACCUCAUUUUAGAAAAUUGCCUACCUUUCUAGUCCUGCAUAGGUUCAUAACAUAUGAUAAGUCUGCAUUCUUUGGACAUGCACCAAAUCAUGGCAUUGCAGGGAUCAGCACAUUGCUUAGCACAGCCGUGUGCAGGUGUUGUGUAUGAGAGAAUGAGCAGAGCACAGAAGCGUGUGACAUGACAUAGGGAAGUCAGGUGGCACCAGAAUACGUACAUUACCAUAGGCAAACUAAUGAGUUGAUGCUAAUUUAAUACAUUUUUACCUCACACUAAAGUAAUGCUUGACAAAAAUGUAAACACUCAAAAUGUUAGCACAGUGCUAUGCACAGUGGGUGCUCAAUAAUGUUGGAUGGACAGAUUUGCAAUACUCAAAAUAAUUCCAUCUACUACUAUGUUGAAUUUUCAGUUAGCACGGAUAACUAUAAAAUCCAAGUACACAUUCAGUCUUCUUUUCCUGGAAGUAUGGCAUCCAAAAUAUUUGAAGAAGAUCCUUGUCACAACUGAUCAGAAUGUUUGUUUUUUAUUUUGCCUUUGACUUUGAUAUUAGCUUGUGAUGUCUCCUCAUCAUGUGUAAUAUUAGUGGAAUAUGCAUCUCUACCCAAAUCAUAAGAAUUUCUCAGUGACUUAGUGUCCAGAGCCAUUACACGAACUGUUGGGUUGCAUUUGGCUGGUGAAGCAGUUACUGGACCUCAAGAAAUCAAAGGACUUUUUAUAAAUAUCUUCCAAAAAAAGCAAAAGCUAGAAUCCUAUUCAAAUGCAUAUGUACAUUGUCACAGAGCAAAGUAAACUGAAAUUGGCUGCUAUAUUUUAUAUAAUCAUUUCUGCAAAAGUCCAUUUUUUGGAUACUAAUAUUUGACAUGGUUAAUUCUUAUUAAUUUGUUGGAAUUGUUUAUUAAUAAAGCAAAUAGAUUUUAAUUAUCCACAAGUAACAUUUCACUAUUAAUGGUUUGAAAUGGGUGAUAAGCAAACCAAUUUGAAAUAAAAUAUGAACAUGUGCCAUUGUAUUAUAACACUAUACACUUUCUUGACAGUUAAAUUUUAAAGAAAUGUUUUUUUUUGUAGCAUGUAUUGUAUGUUUAUAGUAUAUGUAGAAAUAAAAGUAUGGCCAAAUGUUUGGCUUGGUGAUCUUUUGGAGAAAGUAAUCUUUGAAUAUUUGUCAUGGAACAGCUAAACCUAUGCUUAUAGGGAAUAAAAGGUAUGUGCCUCAA